AUGUGAUCAUUACUCCGCGCGUCUGGUUGCUGAAGUAGCAACUUGACACCCGCAACACGAACGAUUCCCACAACCACACUACACCACCAACAUGGCUACGAGCAGCAGCAAGACCACCAAGUUGCAGGCCAACCGCCUCCCAGCGCCUGCACUCUUCGUCGGACCGCCAUCGCACAAUGCCUCAAACACCUCCCUGCUCUCGCCCAGCACAGAGACCAGGAGUCCGACCAAGACCCCUCUCGUCCGUCAGCGCUCACUCCUCGCGCCAGACGCAAAGCGGCCACUACCACCCACGACCGACACCUAUGAUGGCGACCAUCUCAGCCUCAUCAACUCGAGUUCAACAGGUACUGCACCAUUCGUCAGGCGCCAGCGCCAGCAAAACCAGGUAGCAGAUGCCGAGGCAUCGUCUCGAGCUGAGGCGAUAUGGACGGAGAUGCAGAACACGCUGGAGGAGGUCGAGUUGAGUGCUAUCAAAGAAUCAGGGAUGACCGUGUUUGGCUCUGAACAUUCGCGUGCUCUGGACGAGUUGCGUAGGGCACAGAUCGAACUUGCGAAGGCGUGGGCUCGCUCGGAAGACGACGGAGCUACGGCUGAGCAACAGCGCAAAGUGUCUGAUGCAGCAUCCCUGGCUCCGCCGGGCAAGCUUACGAGACCGAGGGGUGGGUCUAGUCCUGGGAAGGGGGAUAAGCUGUUUGACAGGAUCAAGCUGGAAGAGGAGACGGAGAAGGACAUUGAGUUGAGUCGGAAGCGGAGAGAGGAGAAUGAUCGGUAUUUUGAGAAGGUCAACAAGGGUGUGCAGGAGGUGGUCGUACGGCUGGAAGAAGUUGCUAAGGCGAUGAGGGGUGUGGAAAACGAGAGCAAUGAGAUCUGGGGUCGCAGUGAGGACGGGACUGCGGAGACCGCAAGUGUGCACUCUACAGCGUGUCUUACAUGAACGUCAAUCAAUAACAUACCUUGGAGUCCUUCAAAUGCAAUGUAAAAUCCUUUGCUGUAAUGUCAGCAGUGUGAGAAAGCUCUAGGUACGGAAAUGCAUGCACGGCUACAACAGAACGUGGAUGAGCAGACCAUCCGCAAGGAACAACAUCUUUGGGUAUCUCCACUCAAUCCAACU